CCGCCGGCCCAUGCUGAGGUGAGCGCAGCGGCGCGAUGCUGGUGCUGCUGGCCGCUGGCGUGGUGCUCGCCGCGGCCGCCGCGGCCCAGGACGGCCCGGCGCCCGGCAGCCGCUUCGUGUGCAUGGCGCUACCCCCGGAGGCGGCGCGCGGCGGCUGCCCGCUGCCCGCGAGGCCCGGGCCGGGCGGCGCGCCGAGCCCCGAGGAGGAGCUGCGGGCCGCCGUGCUGCAGCUGCGCGAGACCGUCGUGCAGCAGAAGGAGACGCUGGGCGCCCAGCGCGAGGCCAUCCGCGAGCUCACCGGCAAGCUGGCGCGCUGCGAGGGGCUGGCGGGCGGCAAGGUGCCGGGCAAGGCGGCCGCGGGCAAGGACACCAUGGGCGACCUGCCGCGGGACCCCGGCCACGUCGUGGAGCAGCUCAGCCGCUCGCUGCAGACGCUCAAGGACCGCCUGGAGAGCCUCGAGCACCAGCUCCGGGUGAACGUGUCGAAUGCGGUGCUGCCCAGUGACUUCCGAGAGAUGCUUCAGCGGCGGCUGGGAGAGCUGGAGAGGCAGCUGCUGCGCAAGGUGGCGGAGCUCGAGGACGAGAAGUCCCUGUUCCACAACGAGACCUCGGCUCACCGACAGAAGACGGAGAGCGCCCUGAAUGCACUGCUGCAGAGGGUGACCGAGCUGGAGCGAGGCAACAGCGCCUUUAAGUCACCAGAUGCGUUCAAAGUAUCCCUUCCCCUCCGCACCAACUACCUGUAUGGCAAGAUCAAGAAGACCCUGCCCGAGCUGUACGCCUUCACCAUCUGCCUGUGGCUGCGGUCCAGCUCCUCGCCGGGCCUCGGCACCCCGUUCUCCUACGCAGUGCCUGGGCAGGCCAAUGAGAUCGUGCUGAUAGAGUGGGGCAACAACCCCAUCGAGCUGCUCAUCAACGACAAGGUUGCCCAGCUGCCCCUGUUUGUCAGUGAUGGCAAAUGGCACCACAUCUGUGUCACCUGGACAACGCGGGACGGUAUGUGGGAGGCUUUCCAGGAUGGGGAGAAGCUUGGCACCGGGGAGAACCUGGCCCCCUGGCACCCGAUCAAGCUGGGGGGUGUGCUGAUCCUCGGGCAAGAGCAGGACACCAUUGGGGGCAGGUUUGAUGCCACUCAGGCAUUUGUCGGGGAGCUCAGCCAGUUCAACAUAUGGGACCGGGUCCUGCGCACACAGGAAAUUGCCAACAUUGCCAACUGCUCCACAAAUAUGCCGGGCAACAUCAUCCCGUGGGUGGACAACAAUGUCGACGUGUUUGGAGGGGCUUCCAAGUGGCCCGUGGAGACCUGUGAGGAGCGUCUCCUUGAUUUAUAGCUGCCUUCUCUGUCCCAGUGGCCAGGGGCUGGGCCAUUCCGUUUAGGGGCACUUAUUGCACCAGUUAAACUGUGUCUAUACCUCUUAUCAGAACAGACUGGGGCCCCAGAGCCCAUUCGUGGGGAAUCCCUAAAACUGAGACUGUGACAGCAUUUGUCACCGGCUUAGUUAUUCCUGAACGAGGUUUUGUUGAUUUUUCGGGUAGUGCCAGAACCCCCCCGGGGAAGUAGUCCUGAGCCACAAGGGGGUGCUUCCUGUUGGAGGCGGGAUUGAAGCAUGGAGCCCCACUUUGGAACCCCGUAAAUGCUAGUGCAGCCCUGCCCCAUGCCGCCCUCUUGGAUCCUUGCUGUCCCUUGUGUGCCAUCUUUCUGUCCCCUUGUAAAGGCAGUGCAGCCGUCUGCUGGAGUGGCCUGUCCCUUAUGUCUCGAGUGCAUCCCUGCUGUCAACCCAGCACGCUCUAAAGUGUCUCCUCCGUGGUCUGCACAAGGACCUUGCUUUGUGUUCCUCACGUUGUGAAUCUCCCCUGCUGCCCAGACAAGGUCCCCCCUGCUUCAAGGGGGGAGGGGGCGUCAUGAUGCUAGAGCGGGCCUGAGAGGAGGGGGUCUCGGGAUGGAGAACGGCCCAGACUGCCAGCCCCUCCCCCUCUGCCAUCUCUUGCUCAGACUGACGCUUUGAGGGCAUCGUCCCUGGUUUGACUUUGAAAGGCCUCUCAACUGGUGCCAAAAGUUCAGCUGUAGCUUUUACAACCAUUCUGUAGGCUUUGGGGGAUUUAUUUUUUCCCAAGAGAAAAGAACAAUCACUAGAAGCCUCCCAUUUUUGAUGUUCCUUCCCACUGUGAGGCGUGUGCUAGUUUUUGAUUCAUGUUGAUCCCUGUAAGCUUUUGACUGUCUCCAUAAAGUAUUUCCCCCAGCACUUUUUAAAAGAAAAUGGAUGUCAUUUAGUUGAUACUUGCUUUGUGUCUCCAGACUGCUUAAUAUAUUGGACAGAGAUAAUAAUUUAUUUUAAAGAUGAAGUGAUUGAAUGGGGAAAUUUAUAAAGCUAAAUAUUAUAUAUUUUAUUUUUUCAUAUGUUUGAAGUGCAAAUCUGUGGAAAUGCCAUUUGUAGGACCAAGUUGACAUUCCCGUCAUAACAUUGUAUGCUACAAGAAUUCUUCUGAAGAUGGAAUUUUGAUUAAAGUGCACUGGAAGUUG